GAAGGACAUCAUCAUCAUCACAUCCACAGUGAAGUCAGGAUGAAGACCACGGUGGGACUGCUGCUUCUGCUGCUCACUGUUUAUCACUGCGCUGCCAUCCUUCAAGUACUGACAUCUCCAGGAGAAUGCUGUUUGAAUGUCUUUACAGGAAGGAUACCUGCACUGAAAAUUAUCUCUGUCACCAAGACUCACAGAAGCUGUCUUGAAAAAGCAUUUGUGAUCCGUACAGCUGCAGGGAGGAGAGUCUGUGUGAGCCAGAGUGUCACCUGGGCUCAAAAGGCUUUUAAGCAGCAGCAGAUCAGUGAUGAUCUUCAGAGUUCAUCAUCAACAACAAUAAAGCUCUGUUAUGUUAAUCUGGGCUAACAGCAUUUUAUUAUGACUGUAUUUUCUAAGAUGCUUUGCGAUGAAUCAGUAAA